AUGUCGAUUAGAGAAGGACGUGCGCCCAAUUCUAGUUCGCCGGAGUCCUUGAUGGUGGUGAAUCUCUCCACCUAUCGGAUUGAAGGCGAAUUCGAUGCUGGUGGCUGCGGCACGGUGUUGGUGGGCAGCCAUGCCCGCUCCAAGCAGCCGGUGGUGAUGAAAAUGGCCAGCAAAGAGGUGGACCGGCUCCUGCUCGCCACGGAGCGCCGGAUCUAUGCGCGGCUGCCGAAGGCCCGUGGAUGGCCCAGACUCAUCGACGACCGGCUGGAAACAUUCCACGAGCUGGGGUACGUUCACCGCGACCUGAAGCCGGACAAUGUCCUGCUGGGUCGCGGAACGACCCGCAAGACGCUGCACAUGAUCGACUUCGGUCUUGCCGAGCCGUAUCGGCACCCACGCACGGGGGAACACAUAGCGCAGGAUGCGUUUUUCCCGUUCGCCGGAACGAUCGAGUUUGCACCAGUGUUCGCUCAUCUGGAGUAUACACCGAGCAGGCGAGAUGACAUUUUGUCACUCGCCUACAUGCUGGUGUUUUUGCUCCGCGGUGGCCUACCGUGGUAUGGUACCGAGGAGCGAUUUGAUCCGGACGAGGCACUGCUUCUGAAGUUGUGCAUUACGCCCAGCGAGCUGUGUAGAGGACUGCCGGCUGAGUUUCAGCGGUUGACCGAGUACGCGUUGCAGAUGGAAUUCUGCGACGCGCCGGACUAUUACGAGCUGAAGCGGAUGUUCCGGAAUCUGCUGCGCCAACAUUCCAUGCAGCACGAUUUGCAUUUCGAUUGGAACCGGUUUGGCUGCUAA